AAAAAAAAAAAGAAAGAAAGAAUGAAUAAAUGCUCUUAAACAGCUGUGGAUGGAGAUGGAACCACAGCAUUGUUUUGUCACUGCAUCAGGUCAUCUCCUGCAGUGACAAGGACAAAGUCACCGUGAUUGGAGCCGGGGUGACUCUGCAGGAAGCUUUAAUGGCUGCCGAUGAGCUCUGCCGACAAGACAUCUCCGUCCGCAUCAUUGACCCGUUCACCAUCAAGCCCCUGGACACUGCCACCAUCAUCUCCAACGCAAAAGCUACUGGUGGCCGGAUCGUCACAGUGGAGGACCACUACCCAGAGGGUGGCCUUGGGGAAGCUGUGUGUGCUGCUGUCUCCACGGAGCCCGACAUCGUGGUGUGCCGGCUGGCGGUGCCGGUCAUGGGUGUGUCCUGCAGCGGGAGGCCCGGCGAGGUGCUCCCCACGUUCGGCAUCAGCGCCAGACACAUCGUGAUGGCUGUGAUGCGCAUGCUGACACAGUGAUGCGCGUGCGCCCGCCCACCCCGUGCGCCCCUGUGACGCUCAGUCUCAGCUCUUGUUCUGUUCUCAGACAUCCCAGUGAGCACCCUCCCUUUAGCCGAACUGUUAGGCUCCAUUUUGAAUCUUUCUUAGCAAGCUUUAAGUGGUAAAUACAGCUCAUGCAUCAACA